UUGUGUUGGAUGAAGGCUUCAAAAAAGACAAAAUCACUCAGCACACCUGCAGCUGUGCAGUUUCAGAGGGGAAAAUACAAUCUCCCAUCUCAUGAUGCCCUGGCACAGAUCCUACCAGAUAAUCAGCUGCUCCUCAACAGAGCGAAGACUGAGCUUCCAGGCACUGCCCAGCUAGACCAGAAGACUCCAGCUGAGAUGACAGACUCCACCGAGAAUGACAAACCUAACAUAAACCGCACGUAUCAAGUUCCUCAUCCACACACGCGACCCCCUCUGCAUGACUCUGAGGAUGAUCCCCACGUAGCAAAGAUCUCUAACCUCCAAACAAAGGAGAUUGAAAACUAUCGCUCAGCGUUGUCUAGGAUGGCAGAAGACAUAAUAACACUUAGGACACAGGUGCUGUCUUUGGAAGCAGAAAACAGUCAGCUCCGCAGUGAUCUGUCUCUGCAGCAGGACCUUGGACGAGAUCUUCUGGCCGACACUGACAUUGAUGUCAUGACCAAGGCUGAAAUUGCUGACCGAAUAGCCACUCUAAAAUUCAAGCUUGCCAGUGAAGUGAGUAAGGCCGCCACACAAAGGGACCGCAUACAACAUCUGCAGAACGAGCUGAUCCGGCAGAAAAAUGAUAGUGAGCAGGAGCUAUUAAAGCUCCGCAGAGUCCUCCAGCAGGAGCAGAAGGAUCUGCAGCAUCACCAGAGUCACUUGGCAAAGAUGGCAACUUUAGAGGCCACAGUGAAACAGCAGGGAGAGGUCAUAGAAAAAAUGGAGAAAGCAUUAGAUGGAAAGCUCAGAGACAAGAAUAGUCAUCGUGGUGACAAAAGGCUGAUGCUAAUGGAAAGAGAUGGCCUUAAAAACAAGGAAAUGAAAUCAGCCUUGGCAGCAGAGAACGCCCGUCUCAGAAAAGAGCUGGAAAGGAUUCACCAGCUGCCUGCACCACUCAAAACACAACAGUCAGACCAGGAGGAAUGGAGUUUACAACAUAAAUUGGAGAGGACUGAGGCACGAAUCCAAACACUGGAAGCUCAGCUGGAGGAGAACGCUAAAGUAUGGGGGAGAGAGAAGCAAGAAAUGCUGACCAAACUGAGCGAGCACAGGCACGGCUUCAUCCAAACAUCCAAAGCAAUCCUUCAAAAUGUUCCUUCGCUCCUUAUACCAGCAAAGAGGACAGCAGAAGCAAAACCUGUAAAAAGACCUGCAAAUGAAUUGAACUGUUGAUGGCACACACAGAGUCUGUGGUUUAAAAUGUAGAUGUCAUUCAAAUGUAAUGAUUUAAUCUGAAAAGUGUGUUUCAAAUGUAAACCAUAGACAAUUACAUAUAAAAACAGAUACUUUGUAUCAGUUGUAUUUUCUUUAUUCAUCAUUGGUACAUAAAUGAACAUUUUUUGCCAAUUACAGGUGGAAUAAAUUUGCA